AGAAGAAAAUAGGAGGCAACGUAGAAUGCCGGCAAGCGUGCUAAUACGCGCAAGAAAGCGACAUUCCCCUUUGCGGACGAUGGCUGCCGACCUCAAGCUCGUGCCCGAGCCCGAGCUUUUGUCCCGGACCUGCCACUCUGAUCGAUAUUUCGCCAACCCCGCUGCUUUUCUCUCUCUCCCUUGGUGUUUCUCCACCCCUCUCUCCUUCUCGCUUUCCUUUUCUACGUGUAUAUGCGCGUAAGCGCGCAUAAAACCCCUUCCAUUCUCUUUGUUUCUGCACGAGGUUUCGCGUCAUUCGCCACCCUUUCUGGCUUUGCCGACCUUCUAUCCGGCCAAUUGCCUACUCUACUUACUCUCUAUCCGCCCUGUAACACCGUCGUUUCACGAGCCGCUAUGUCGUUUUCGCCGUUCCGUUUCACGCUUUUCCAUACUUCGCGCCUUCUCAUCCUCCUUUUCUACCAUUACCUGUAUUCUUCUUCUCCGCAUGUGCGCCUCCCUCCGUCCGUGUAAUAAGAAAAACGACGGCAGUUAAGAAACUGCACGGCAGCGCGAGAAACAGAGUUUUCCGGUUUACCUUGAAAGCGACGCGUGACCGUCUCGAGUUCAGUCGUUUGCAUUUGCGCGUCGUGCGAAUUAACCGUCGCAGGAAACGUAACGGAGCGUGCGGGCGUGUUCGUUAGCGGCUCGCGUAUCUUCGUUCUCUCGCGCGCGUAUAUACCCUGCACGCGAGCGUUCGCGUAUCGUGAUUUUUCUGCCAACCACGCGACAGUGAACGAGACGACGAUAGUCGUCUGGCGGAUGAGCCAGCGACCACGGGAACUCUCGAUCUCGCCGAGGGUAAAAAGUGGCGGAAAGUGACAGAAUCUCGACGGUGGCUGGAGCGUCGAGCUGUCGGACGUGCACGAGGCUUCGACCUUCGUUUCGAGAUUCCAAUCUGAAAAGACGAAUACAGGAGGAACGCGAAAGGGAGAAAGAGAAGCGCGAGAGACGGAAUGGGAUGGAGAGGCGAAACGCGGCAGCAAAGGGGAGAGACCGCGGUGCAGAGGUGAGACGUCCGAGACGAUAGGCAGGGACGAAAACAGAGACGCGAUGGAAGCAAACGCGAAGGGGCGAAAAGAAAACGGCAAGGUUCGAGCGUUUUAUCGCUGCGCUGCUUCUGUGUCGAGUGUCCUACCGCUUUCCUCUUUCCCCCUUUGCGUCAUUUCGCUGCUUCGCAAGAAGAGGAUAUCGCUGUUAACUUACCUCACGGAUAUCCGCAUUGUUUCGCGUCAACCAGCCAACUCAGCUGACCUACAUUGGCCAGGCACCAGGCAAAAUGGGAUAUCGAGCCACUCGAUGCUCAUCUACGGAAAACUACUCGCCUUCCCUACAGGGAGACCCAGGUGCCUAGCGUCGUAUUCGUGUUCGCUUGUCGUCACUGUCGUGGUCGUAGUCGUGGUUGAAAGUACUCUUUCGUCCUAACACGGUUCGAUAUUCGACGCAACGUCCACGCUACGACGGAACUUCUCGCUCGUUUUCCUAUAUUUCUUGUUGGCACACGUGGAUCGAACUCGGAUUCAAAAAGAGAAAAUUGACUCGGCCGAGCUCGUGUCUCGCUUGCCGUAGCGGCAUAUUCGAGGACGAACUUGAUAUUUAUGUAUCGCUAGAGACGCGCGCAGCUCUAGAGAACUUCGAUCUACGAUCGACGAUCCAUGCAACUGAUUAACAGUCGAGCAAUGCGAUUCGUCAUUGCAUUUACGAAGGCACUUGGGUGCACCUCCUCUUUCUCCUCCUUCGAUCGCGUUAAAUAUAUUCGAUCUGACGCCGAGCACGAUCAAAGUUAUCGGAAUAACACGACGACAGUGUCCGAGGGCAUAGAAGAGCGCAGCCAAAUACAAUGGAAAUCGCGUAACUAAAUCACAAGGCACGCCGAUUAGACGAUAAUCUAUGGUAAUCGUCGAUCAAGGCCGAUCGCAUAAGCUGCCCAGACAUUCGGUAUAGCUGUCAAGCGACGAACAACCAAGUUGACGAUACGAUACCGCCAGAUUGGUCCAAGUGUGCUCGAUAUCUCUGCGAAUUAUAGCUUUUCCACGGAGAGACGCGUGUAUCGGGAAUACGUGGUGUAUGAAAUAAGCGAACAGGAUUAAAAUGCAGGAAGAAAGACAGGAAGAUACGCGACACGGCACGCUCCUAUAAAUAUGUAAUAGGAUUUCGUCGAAAUGAGGGACCAUCCGUCGCGCCUUUUCUCUGAUACGAGAACGGACGCGUAGAAAUGCCAGAAUGAGAGGAGUGGCGUUUCUGGGAACGGUGAGAUCGGCACGCGGAACUUUCCUGAGGAUGCUCGUCUUCGUCUUCCUGGCGACGUUCCUCUGGCUUCAAUUUCACGUGAUCAGCCUGACCGGCCGAGAUUCCUCUGGACAGGCCUCGUCGAACGAGACGCUGUUCUCCCUCGUACCGCAAGAAUUACAUAGGUUUCUGAAAGAUCGUCGAAAUGGUUCUUCCUCGACGUUAACGAACGCGAGCACGGAAACGUUAACCGAGUUCGAAAUAGCGGAGAUUCGUCGAAACAUAGAAAGGGCGAACGCCGAGCAAAGAGUGUACAACGAAGAGUCUUUCGGUCCUUUGGCUAACGACGCUCCCGUAAUAGUGAUUCAAGUGCACACACGGCUCACCUACCUCAGACACCUGAUCGUGUCGUUGGCUCAAGCGAAAGGGAUCGAGCAAACCCUUCUGGUCUUUAGCCACGACGUUUGGCAUCCGGACAUCAACUAUCUCGUGCAAAGUGUCGACUUCUGUCGUGUCGUGCAAAUAUUUUACCCUCACAGCAUACAGACUCAUCCUCGAACGUUUCCCGGCGAAGAUCCGAACGAUUGCCCUCGAAACAUUCGCAAAGAACAAGCUCUGAAUCUCGGCUGCAUCAACGCAAAGCAUCCGGACCUCUACGGACACUACAGAGAAGCCAAAUUCACGCAGACGAAGCAUCACUGGUGGUGGAAAGCGAACCGCGUGUUCGAUCAAUUAUCGAUCACGAGAAAUCACACCGGCAUAGUUCUUUUCCUCGAGGAAGAUCACUACGUCGCCGAAGAUUUCCUACACGUUCUCCGACUGAUGGAACGUACCUGUAAACAUAGCUGCAAAAGAUGCAACGUCCUGUCCCUGGGCACCUAUCUCAAAACCUACAAUUAUUUUGCCGAUUUCAGUCGAAAGUUCCUUGGCGUCAACAGCGCCCUGCAAAAGGAGCUACUGCGUGGAUUAAAAAGAUCGGAAGCAUCGGCGAGGCAACAGUCGGCUAAAGCCGAAGACGUCAUCGGUACCAGUGACAACGGAAGAAUCAACGGAAUCCCAAGCAGCAGCAGCAGCAGCAGCAGCAGCAACAGCGGCAGUGGGAGCGGCAGCACCGGCAGUAGCAGCAAUAGUACUCCUACUGGGGCGAGCAACAGCAAAAACAGCAGCGUUAACAACACUGGCGCUGCCGCCAUCCUACCAAUCGCACGCAACGCACAGAUCGUGCAAUCUGCCUCCGCAUGGGCUUUCCAACUCCUACCCGAACUCUACAAUCAUUAUCAAAAGGCUGAAGUGAUUCCUUGGAUCUCGAGCAAACACAACAUGGGCAUGGCGUUUAAUCGCGUCACUUGGAACAAAUUGAGAAAGUGCGCCGCCCAGUUCUGCUCGUACGACGAUUACAAUUGGGACUGGAGUCUUCAACAUAUCGCGCAAACCUGUAUGCCACCGAGCAAAGGACCCGGAAUCGCGCCUCGUACAGAAUCCGGUUUAAUCACGAUGAUGAUGCGGGCGCCCAGAGUUUUUCACAUCGGAGAAUGCGGAGUCCAUCACAAGAAAACCAAUUGCGAAUCGACCGCUGUGAUAGCAAAGGUUCAAAACGUCCUAAAGGCUGCCCGAGACCAUCUUUUUCCUACUCAACUGACGCUUACUGUAGCUGGCACUGCGAAAAAGACGAAGCUCAGGAAGGGCAACGGCGGAUGGGGCGACACACGGGAUCAUCGGCUUUGUUGGAACAUUACCGUUUAUCCGGAUCUCGUUUUACCUUGAGACCAAACUCUCGAACGAACGACAUCGAAAUAUCCUUUCAAUUUCUUCUUUUUUCUUCGCAAACCCUUCUCUAUUUCUCUACCUGCCUCGUUCUUUGUCCCGUUGUCCAAAAAGUCGCAUCCCGCUCAGCCCGUUUCGUUCCCGCCUCGUCCUGACUCAUCCAGUUUCGUCUCUCGUGGAAGAUGCUCGUUUAACAAGUUCCUUCGCGUCGACGAAUUAUUGUAUCGAUCCCACGGUCUGCUAUCAGAUCGCGCGGCAUCCCUAGCGGCGUACUUAUCUUUAUAUUCGUGCUAAACCUAGCAACCGAUUCAGUCGGCGGAAGCACAUUUCGCGCUUAGCGACUCAGCUCCUUAACGAAUUUGCGUCUCGACCGGUCGCCGAAGUCCCAGAGAAACACGCUUAUCACGUAUUCUAGUCAUCGUACCCAAUGAUGAUUAACGAUAAAUGGGUAACAAAAACAAAUGGUCGUUGUCUGUCUAUAAAUUGCUUCCAGUAAGGUAGCGAACAACGUUAGACUGACGAUACUCCCCGCUCGAGACGACCCAGACUUUUGAACUUGGAGUGACUCCGAGAGCGAACCAAAGCCAUCCACGAGUCGCGAAAUUUACAUAGGAUACGUUUUAUAUUUGUAACGAGAAUCAACGAAAAUAAACGAAUCGACCGAUUUUCUCGUA